AUAUCAGUAGCUGAUCUUCCUGGUUUAAUAGAAGGAGCACAUAUGAACAAAGGAAUGGGCCACAAAUUCCUGAAGCACAUAGAAAGAACUAAACAGCUGCUUUUUGUUGUUGAUGUUUCUGGAUUUCAGCUUUCUUCUAAGACUCAGUACAGAACUGCUUUUGAAACCAUAAUACUGCUGACAAAGGAGCUGGAAUUGUACAAAGAGGAACUUCAGACAAAACCUGCACUCCUGGCAGUAAAUAAAAUGGACUUACCAGAUGCCCAAAAUAAAUUCCAUGUGCUAAUGGACCAACUCCGGAAUCCUCAAGAUUUUCUGCAUUUAUUUGAAAAAAACAUGAUUCCAGAGAGGACAGUGGAGUUCCAACAUAUCAUCCCCAUCUCUGCAAUUACUGGAGAAGGAAUUGACGAAUUAAAGAACUGCAUAAGGAAAUCUGUGGAUGAAUAUGCAAACCAGGAAAAUGACGCAUAUCAUAAGAAACAGUUGCUUAAUUUACAGAUUUCCAGUACAAUAUCUUAUACUGAGCCACUAUCAAAGAAUACUGUUACUAGUUCUAAAAUGGAUACAAUUUAAAUCUAUUCAAAAUGAUAUGGAAGUUGUGUUCAUUUGAAAGCUUUUCCACUGACAUGUAUAUUUUAGAAUGUUAGUUAUUACUAACCUUCUCAUAAAUAUACCAUCAUUUGAGAACCAUAUCUUUUUAAGUUUUACAGUUAAGUGUAUCAACAGUAAAAAAGUGACUGAAAGCUAAAAUGACAGUUUAUAAUUUUAUGGUCAAUCCACCUAUAAUAAAGUCCUCCAAUAGUCCUGUACUUAUGA